CAUUCUGGCUACUUUACUGAGGAUCAGCGACUUGAACUGAUUGAAAAAUACCGAACAAGGCAGAUUAGUGUCCAAACCAUAAUCACAUUAGUGAUUACCACAAUAGAAAAACUGGAGAAGACUGAAACUCCCCAAAUGAUAAUGGGUCUGAGAAAGCAUGUCACUGCAAAACAACUACUGGAUUCUGAAAUCAUUGAUGCAGAAACAUUCAAACGGGUGAAAGAAGGAAACCUCACCUUAGAAACAAUAACGCAAGGUGAACCCGUGAGAGGAUACCUGAAAGGAACUGGAAGCAUUGCUGGAGUUAAGGUUUAUCCAUCCCAGAAAGUGAUGAGCAUAUAUGAAGCAAAAAAUGAAGGCCUCUUGACACCUGGCAUUGCACUUCUACUACUUGAAGCUCAAGCUGCAACAGGAUGGAUCAUUGAUCCCCUCAAAAACGAGUUCUAUGCUGUGGAAGAGGCUGUAAAAGAGAGAGUGAUUGGGCCAGAUGUACGUGAGCAACUUCUUUCAGCUGAACGAGCUGUCACUGGGUAUAAAGAUCCAUAUACAGAUGUGACAAUAUCACUGUUUGAAGCCAUGCAAAAAAAGCUGAGAGAAAGAAGCUAUGGCCUUCGGGUUCUUGAUGUGCAGAUAGCAACAGGAGGAAUUAUUGACCCAAAUCAAAGUCACAGACUGCCAAUUCAUAUUGCCAUCAAAAAGGGAUGUCUGGAUGAAGAAACUCACAAAAUUCUGUUGAACCCCAAAGAUGAUGCAAAAGGAUUCUUUGACCCAAAUACCAAUGAAAAAAUGUCAUAUGGUCAGCUGAUGAAUAGAUGUGAGAAAGAUGCUAAAACUGGGCUACUUCUCCUACCGCUGCAUGAAGAAAAAGAGUUUCACACAGAUGAGCAAAUUGAACUUGCACUGAAAAACAAAAUGAUGACCUUGAAUGUAGGAAAAUUUAAAAACAAAACGGUCACACUGUGGGAAGUACUGUUAUCUGAAUACAUAUCAGAACAAAAAAGGGAACAGCUUAUACAGCAAUACCGGACAGGAGUGACCAAAAUUGAGGAGAUGAUUGAAAUACUCACAGUUAUAAUCACAGAGGUAUCAUCCAAGGAAAGAAAGUUCAAAGGAUUACGAAAACAAGUCUCAGCCAGUGAAUUAUUUGAGUCAAAGAUUAUCUCAAAGGACCUUUUCACCCAAAUUAUACAAGGUGAAGUAACUGAAGAAAAUGUUGUCAAAAUGGAAUCAAUUCAAAAGUAUCUUGGAGCUACAAACUGUAUAGCAGGUGUCAGAGUUGAGUCCACAAAAAAGGUGAUGAGCAUCUAUGAAGCAAAAUGCAAAGGUCUGCUCACUCCUGGUACCUCUCUGGUUCUGUUGGAAGCCCAAGCUGCCACAGGCUUUGUAAUUGACCCAGUCAACAACAAAAAGCUUUCUGUAGAGGAAGCUGUGGCUCAAGGAGUGGUUGGGAAAGAGUGGGGGAAAAAACUGCUGUCAGCAGAAAGGGCAGUGACAGGAUACAAAGAUCCUUACACUGGAGAAACAAUUUCUUUGUUCCAGGCCUUGAAAAAAGAUCUUAUUGUCAAAGAUCAUGGCAUCCGUCUCCUUGAAGCUCAAAUUGCAACUGGAGGCAUAAUUGAUCCAGUCCAUAGCCAUCGAGUUCCCAUACAAGUGGCAUAUCAGAGAGGUUACUUUGAUGAAGAAAUGAACCAGAUUUUAUCUGAUCCUGAUGAUGACACCAAGGGCUUCUUUGACCCCAACACUCAGGAGAACCUCACAUAUCUCCAGCUGAUUGAGAGGUGCUUCAGAGAUCCAAAUACAGAGCUAAACUUUCUGUCUAUUGUCAAGAAAGGAGAGUAUUACUUCUUUGUCGAUGAGGCAACUAAACUUAUUCUGAAGUCUAAAACAACAACCAAAGCUGGAGGAAAAUACAAAGGACAAACAGUGUCUCUGUGGGAUCUGCUGUACUCCAAAUAUAUCACUGAGGAGAAGCGGAGAGACCUUGUCCAACAGUACAAGGCUGGCUCAAUCACAAUAGAGCGCUUUUUGGAAAUCAUCCUGACAAUCAUUGAGCAGCAUACACAAGACACAACUUCAUCAUCUUCAUCAAUCGUCAUGUCCCAACCACCAGAAACUAAAGUGGACAGUAGCACAACAGAAACUACCAUCACCACAACAAUCACAGAGACUACUGAAGUUGAAAAGUUCCAUGGAAUCAGAAAGGAUGUCUCUGCUACUGAGCUACUUGAGUCCAAAAUCAUUGAUGAGAAACUCUACAAAGAUCUUAGUGCUGGAAAAGUUACAGUAACAGAAGUAAGUGAAAUGGACUCAGUGCGCAAAUACCUUGAGGGGACCAACAGCAUUGCAGGAGUUUAUCUUCAGUCCACUCAAGAGACCUUGACUAUCUAUGAAGCAAAAAGCAAAGGUCUGUUGACUCCUGGUACCUCUCUGGUUCUGCUGGAGGCCCAAGCUGCCACAGGGUUCAUCAUUGACCCAAUCAACAAUAAAAAGCUUUCUGUAGAGGAAGCUGUGGCCCAAGGAGUUAUUGGCAAAGACUGGGAAAAAAAAUUAAUUUCAGCAGAAAGGGCAGUGACAGGGUACAAAGAUCCUUAUACUGGACAAACAAUUUCUUUGUUCCAGGCCUUGAAAAAAGAUCUAAUUGUGAAAGAUCAUGGAAUUCGUCUGCUUGAAGCUCAAAUUGCAACUGGAGGCAUAAUUGACCCAGUCCACAGUCACAGAGUGCCUGUACAGGUAGCAUACAAAAGAGGUUACUUUGAUGAAGAAAUGAACCAGAUUUUAUCUGAUCCUGAUGAUGACACCAAGGGCUUCUUUGACCCCAACACUCAGCAGAACCUCACAUAUCUCCAGUUGGUUGAGAGGUGCAUUACAGAUCCCAUCACAGGUCUCAGUUUACUUGUCAUUGUCAAGAAAGGAGAGUAUUACUUCUUUGUCGAUGAAGCAACUAAACUUAUUCUGAAGUCUACAAUAACAACCAAAGCUGGAGGAAAAUACAGAGGACAAACAGUGUCUCUGUGGGAUCUGCUGUACUCCAAAUAUAUCACUGAGGAGAAGCGGAGAGACCUUGUCCAACAAUACAAGGCUGGCUCAAUCACAAUAGAGCGCCUUUUGGAAAUCAUCCUGACAAUCAUUGAGCAGCAUACACAAGACACAACUUCAUCAUCUUCAUCAAUCGUCAUGUCCCAACCACCAGAAACUAAAGUGGACAGUAGCACAACAAAAAGUACCAUCACCACAACAAUCACAGAGACUACUGAAGUUGAAAAGUUCCAUGGAAUCAGAAAGGAUGUCUCUGUAACUGAGCUGCUUGAGUCCAAAAUCAUUGAUGAGAAACUCUACAAAGAUCUUAGUGCUGGAAAAGUUACAGUAACAGAAGUAAGUGAAAUGGACUCAGUGCGCAAGUACCUUGAGGGGACCAACAGCAUUGCAGGAGUUUAUCUUCAGUCCACCAAAAAGACAAUGAGUAUCUAUGAAGCAAAAAGCAAAGGUCUGCUCACUCCUGGUACUUCUCUGGUUCUGCUGGAGGCCCAAGCUGCCACAGGCUUUGUAAUUGACCCAAUCAAGAACAAAAAGCUUUCUGUAGAGGAAGCUGUGGCUCAAGGAGUUAUUGGCAAAGAGUGGAAAAACAAACUGAUUUCAGCAGAAAGGGCAGUGACAGGGUACAAAGAUCCUUAUACUGGACAAACAAUUUCUUUGUUCCAGGCCUUGAAAAAAGAUCUAAUUGUGAAAGAUCAUGGAAUUCGUCUGCUUGAAGCUCAAAUUGCAACUGGAGGCAUAAUUGACCCGGUGCACAGUCACAGAGUGCCUGUACAGGUAGCAUACAAAAGAGGUUACUUUGAUGAAGAAAUGAACCAGAUUUUAUCUGAUCCUGAUGAUGACACCAAGGGCUUCUUUGACCCCAACACUCAGGAGAACCUCACAUAUCUCCAUUUGGUUGAGAGGUGCAUUACAGAUCCCAUCACAGGCCUCAGUUUACUUGUCAUUGUCAAGAAAGGAGAGUAUUACUUCUUUGUCGAUGAAGCAACUAAACUUAUUCUGAAGUCUACAAUAACAACCAAAGCUGGAGGAAAAUACAGAGGACAAACAGUGUCUCUGUGGGAUCUGCUGUACUCCAAAUAUAUCACUGAGGAGAAGCGGAGAGACCUUGUCCAACAAUACAAGGCUGGCUCAAUCACAAUAGAGCGCCUUUUGGAAAUCAUCCUGACAAUCAUUGAGCAGCAUACACAAGACACAACUUCAUCAUCUUCAUCAAUCGUCAUGUCCCAACCACCAGAAACUAAAGUGGACAGUAGCACAACAAAAAGUACCAUCACCACAACAAUCACAGAGACUACUGAAGUUGAAAAGUUCCAUGGAAUCAGAAAGGAUGUCUCUGUAACUGAGCUGCUUGAGUCCAAAAUCAUUGAUGAGAAACUCUACAAAGAUCUUAGUGCUGGAAAAGUUACAGUAACAGAAGUAAGUGAAAUGGACUCAGUGCGCAAGUACCUUGAGGGGACCAACAGCAUUGCAGGGGUGUAUCUCCAGUCCACCAAAAAGACAAUGAGUAUCUAUGAAGCAAAAAGCAAAGGUCUGCUCACUCCUGGUACUUCUCUGGUUCUGCUGGAGGCCCAAGCUGCCACAGGCUUUGUAAUUGACCCAAUCAAGAACAAAAAGCUUUCUGUAGAGGAAGCUGUGGCUCAAGGAGUUAUUGGCAAAGAGUGGAAAAACAAACUGAUUUCAGCAGAAAGGGCAGUGACAGGGUACAAAGAUCCUUAUACUGGACAAACAAUUUCUUUGUUCCAGGCCUUGAAAAAAGAUCUAAUUGUGAAAGAUCAUGGAAUUCGUCUGCUUGAAGCUCAAAUUGCAACUGGAGGCAUAAUUGACCCGGUGCACAGUCACAGAGUACCUGUACAGGUAGCAUACAAAAGAGGUUACUUUGAUGAAGAAAUGAACCAGAUUUUAUCUGAUCCUGAUGAUGACACCAAGGGCUUCUUUGACCCCAACACUCAGCAGAACCUCACAUAUCUCCAGUUGGUUGAGAGGUGCAUUACAGAUCCCAUCACAGGUCUCAGUUUACUUGUCAUUGUCAAGAAAGGAGAGUAUUACUUCUUUGUUGAUGAAGCAACUAAACUAAUUCUGAAGUCUAAAACAACAACCAGAGCCGGAGGAAAAUACAGAGGACAAACAGUGUCUCUGUGGGAUCUGCUGUACUCCAAAUAUAUCACUGAGGAGAAGCGGAGAGACCUUGUCCAACAGUACAAGGCUGGCUCAAUCACAAUAGAGCGCUUUUUGGAAAUCAUCCUGACAAUCAUUGAGCAGCAUACACAAGACACAACUUCAUCAUCUUCAUCAAUCGUCAUGUCCCAACCACCAGAAACUAAAGUGGACAGUAGCACAACAGAAACUACCAUCACCACAACAAUCACAGAGACUACUGAAGUUGAAAAGUUCCAUGGAAUCAGAAAGGAUGUCUCUGUAACUGAGCUACUUGAGUCCAAAAUCAUUGAUGAGAAACUCUACAAAGAUCUUAGUGCUGGAAAAGUUACAGUAACAGAAGUAAGUGAAAUGGACUCAGUGCGCAAAUACCUUGAGGGGACCAACAGCAUUGCAGGAGUUUAUCUUCAGUCCACUCAAGAGACCUUGACUAUCUAUGAAGCAAAAAGCAAAGGUCUGUUGACUCCUGGUACCUCUCUGGUUCUGCUGGAGGCCCAAGCUGCCACAGGGUUCAUCAUUGACCCAAUCAACAAUAAAAAGCUUUCUGUAGAGGAAGCUGUGGCUCAAGGAGUUAUUGGCAAAGACUGGGAAAAAAAAUUAAUUUCAGCAGAAAAGGCAGUGACAGGGUACAAAGAUCCUUAUACUGGACAAACAAUUUCUUUGUUCCAGGCCUUGAAAAAAGAUCUAAUUGUGAAAGAUCAUGGAAUUCGUCUGCUUGAAGCUCAAAUUGCAACUGGAGGCAUAAUUGACCCGGUGCACAGUCACAGAGUGCCUGUACAGGUAGCAUACAAAAGAGGUUACUUUGAUGAAGAAAUGAACCAGAUUUUAUCUGAUCCUGAUGAUGACACCAAGGGCUUCUUUGACCCCAACACUCAGGAGAACCUCACAUAUCUCCAUUUGGUUGAGAGGUGCAUUACAGAUCCCAUCACAGGCCUCAGUUUACUUGUCAUUGUCAAGAAAGGAGAGUAUUACUUCUUUGUCGAUGAAGCAACUAAACUUAUUCUGAAGUCUACAAUAACAACCAAAGCUGGAGGAAAAUACAGAGGACAAACAGUGUCUCUGUGGGAUCUGCUGUACUCCAAAUAUAUCACUGAGGAGAAGCGGAGAGACCUUGUCCAACAGUACAAGGCUGGCUCAAUCACAAUAGAGCGCCUUUUGGAAAUCAUCCUGACAAUCAUUGAGCAGCAUACACAAGACACAACUUCAUCAUCUUCAUCAAUCGUCAUGUCCCAACCACCAGAAACUAAAGUGGACAGUAGCACAACAGAAACUACCAUCACCACAACAAUCACAGAGACUACUGAAGUUGAAAAGUUCCAUGGAAUCAGAAAGGAUGUCUCUGCUACUGAGCUACUUGAGUCCAAAAUUAUUGAUGAGAAACUCUACAAAGAUCUUAGUGCUGGAAAAGUUACAGUAACAGAAGUAAGUGAAAUGGACUCAGUGCGCAAAUACCUUGAGGGGACCAACAGCAUUGCAGGAGUGUAUCUCCAGUCCACCAAAAAGACAAUGAGUAUCUAUGAAGCAAAAAGCAAACGUCUGCUCACUCCUGGUACUUCUCUGGUUCUGCUGGAGGCCCAAGCUGCCACAGGCUUUAUCAUUGACCCAAUCAAGAACAAAAAGCUUUCUGUAGAAGAAGCUGUGGCUCAAGGAGUUAUUGGCAAAGAGUGGAAAAACAAACUGAUUUCAGCAGAAAGGGCAGUGACAGGGUACAAAGAUCCAUACACUGGGCAAACAAUUUCUUUGUUCCAGGCCUUGAAAAAAGAUCUAAUUGUGAAAGAUCAUGGAAUUCGUCUGCUUGAAGCUCAAAUUGCAACUGGAGGCAUAAUUGACCCGGUGCACAGUCACAGAGUGCCUGUACAGGUAGCAUACAAAAGAGGUUACUUUGAUGAAGAAAUGAACCAGAUUUUAUCUGAUCCUGAUGAUGACACCAAGGGCUUCUUUGACCCCAACACUCAGGAGAACCUCACAUAUCUCCAUUUGGUUGAGAGGUGCAUUACAGAUCCCAUCACAGGCCUCAGUUUACUUGUCAUUGUCAAGAAAGGAGAGUAUUACUUCUUUGUCGAUGAAGCAACUAAACUUAUUCUGAAGUCUAAAACAACAACCAGAGCUGGAGGAAAAUACAGAGGACAAACAGUGUCUCUGUGGGAUCUGCUGUACUCCAAAUAUAUCACUGAGGAGAAGCGGAGAGACCUUGUCCAACAGUACAAGGCUGGCUCAAUCACAAUAGAGCGCCUUUUGGAAAUCAUCCUGACAAUCAUUGAGCAGCAUACACAAGACACAACUUCAUCAUCUUCAUCAAUCGUCAUGUCCCAACCACCAGAAACUAAAGUGGACAGUAGCACAACAAAAAGUACCAUCACCACAACAAUCACAGAGACUACUGAAGUUGAAAAGUUCCAUGGAAUCAGAAAGGAUGUCUCUGUAACUGAGCUGCUUGAGUCCAAAAUCAUUGAUGAGAAACUCUACAAAGAUCUUAGUGCUGGAAAAGUUACAGUAACAGAAGUAAGUGAAAUGGACUCAGUGCGGAAGUACCUUGAGGGGACCAACAGCAUUGCAGGAGUUUAUCUUCAGUCCACUCAAGAGACCUUGACUAUCUAUGAAGCAAAAAGCAAAGGUCUGUUGACUCCUGGUACCUCUCUGGUUCUGCUGGAGGCCCAAGCUGCCACAGGGUUCAUCAUUGACCCAAUCAACAAUAAAAAGCUUUCUGUAGAGGAAGCUGUGGCCCAAGGAGUUAUUGGCAAAGACUGGGAAAAAAAAUUAAUUUCAGCAGAAAAGGCAGUGACAGGGUACAAAGAUCCUUAUACUGGACAAACAAUUUCUUUGUUCCAGGCCUUGAAAAAAGAUCUAAUUGUCAAAGAUCAUGGAAUUCGUCUGCUUGAAGCUCAAAUUGCAACUGGAGGCAUAAUUGACCCGGUGCACAGUCACAGAGUACCUGUACAGGUAGCAUACAAAAGAGGUUACUUUGAUGAAGAAAUGAACCAGAUUUUAUCUGAUCCUGAUGAUGACACCAAGGGCUUCUUUGACCCCAACACUCAGGAGAACCUCACAUAUCUCCAUUUGGUUGAGAGGUGCAUUACAGAUCCCAUCACAGGCCUCAGUUUACUUGUCAUUGUCAAGAAAGGAGAGUAUUACUUCUUUGUCGAUGAAGCAACUAAACUUAUUCUGAAGUCUACAAUAACAACCAAAGCUGGAGGAAAAUACAAAGGACAAACAGUGUCUCUGUGGGAUCUGCUGUACUCCAAAUACAUCACUGAGGAGAAGCGGAGAGACCUUGUCCAACAGUACAAGGCUGGCUCAAUCACAAUAGAGCGCCUUUUGGAAAUCAUCCUGACAAUCAUUGAGCAGCAUACACAAGACACAACUUCAUCAUCUUCAUCAAUCGUCAUGUCCCAACCACCAGAAACUAAAGUGGACAGUAGCACAGCAAAAACUACCAUCACCACAACAAUCACAGAGACUACUGAAGUUGAAAAGUUCCAUGGAAUCAGAAAGGAUGUCUCUGCUACUGAGCUGCUUGAGUCCAAAAUUAUUGAUGAGAAACUCUACAAAGAUCUUAGUGCUGGAAAAGUUACAGUAACAGAAGUAAGUGAAAUGGACUCAGUGCGCAAAUACCUUGAGGGGACCAACAGCAUUGCAGGAGUGUAUCUCCAGUCCACCAAAAAGACAAUGAGUAUCUAUGAAGCAAAAAGCAAACGUCUGCUCACUCCUGGUACUUCUCUGGUUCUGUUGGAAGCCCAAGCUGCCACAGGCUUUAUCAUUGACCCAAUCAAGAACAAAAAGCUUUCUGUAGAGGAAGCUGUGGCUCAAGGAGUUAUUGGCAAAGAGUGGAAAAACAAACUGAUCUCAGCAGAAAGGGCAGUGACAGGAUACAAAGAUCCUUAUACUGGACAAACAAUUUCUUUGUUCCAGGCCUUGAAAAAAGAUCUAAUUGUGAAAGAUCAUGGAAUUCGUCUGCUUGAAGCUCAAAUUGCAACCGGAGGCAUAAUUGACCCGGUGCACAGUCACAGAGUACCUGUACAGGUAGCAUACGAAAGAGGUUACUUUGAUGAAGAAAUGAACCAGAUUUUAUCUGAUCCUGAUGAUGACACCAAGGGCUUCUUUGACCCCAACACUCAGGAGAACCUCACAUAUCUCCAUUUGGUUGAGAGGUGCAUUACAGAUCCCAUCACAGGCCUCAGUUUACUCCCACUGCAGAAGUGAAUGCUAUUUCAAUUUUACUGUAUUAACUGAGUACAACAUAAAAUAAUACCUUCAUUGUUGAUUACAAAAUACUUUGCAAGCUGUGCUGAAAGAAAUGUGGAGAAAACAUAGUGUAAUCUUAUCAUAACUAAAAAACGAGCCAUUAGAUUGAUUACACAACACCUUUGCUAAUUGCUUUUAUUGUACAAUGUUGGCAUGUUUGUUUUGUUGAAAACCUAUUUUAUUACUAAAGAAAAUUUAAGAAUUGGUUUUAUUGUAGAAUGAGGUCAUAGUAUUGACAUACUCAACUGGAAUGUAUACAUUUUUAUUCCAAAGAUAUAAACCGAAAAAUAUGUUGAAAACCACUAAAAACCAAAUACAACCUAAUGUCAGCAUUUACACUCAAUUUGCACUUAAUAAAGGUGAAAAAUCAUUUAAAACCCUCUCUUUUAUAUGCAUCAAAACAUAUAGCAAAUGUUGCCAGAAGUUGCCCCAUGUCUUUGUUUUUUAACAUUUUGGAUUUUUAAUGUUGUUUCUAUGGUUUACCAUUUUUCCUGCUGGAUAUUUGAGUUUCUCUUUUUUACGCUCUUGUAAGUAGCUUUAGCUGAGCCAGACUCAAGUCUUAAUUUACCUAAAUGGGCAGUGCUGUUUCACAUUUGGGCAAAGGUUGAAUGUGGGUACAUGUAAUAUACCUUUGCUGUCUUUUUUCUCCGUUUUUUUGCUUACUUUGCCAUUUGGACCAAUAAA